UUUUUUGUCCCAAACCACACUAUCCAAGGUGGUUGGUGGCUCAGUAUUCCACUAUCGGUCUUCGUAUAAUGUCACAUUUAAAUUGGAGCUCCGUUUUGGGAAUAUUCCUGCACUUGAUUUUCAAUGGAGGAGUUCACGGAGAGUUCUAUUCCUCGGCAGAUGCGAUGCAAGAUCUGGCCCAAGUAGAGCGGGAAAUUUUGAAUGCCACGCGUUCGUAUCUGGAGGAACAACAAAAGCAGUUGGAUUUUUAUAGAAAUUUUUUGGAGCAAAUAAAGGAAGAGCAUGAUUGGGUUGUCGAUCAAACGAACUUGGAUGAAUACAUGGGUCAUCCUUUGCAUGCUUUUCGUUUGAUCAAACGAUUGGUCCAGGAUUGGGAUGAGCUCGUGUUUGAUCCCAUAAUGUCCAACGCGCCUAGAGAAGAGCUUCGUGAAUUCGUGGAUAGUGUAGUAAGCGAAUUGGGCUAUCCAAAUGAAUCAGAACUUCAAGGAGCUGUAAAAGGCAUCGCCAGACUUCAAAACGUCUAUAAUCUCACCACGUCAGAUGUCGCCGAUGGCCUCAUAGAUGGCGUAUUGUAUGAAUCGGAGCUUAACUGGCGGGAAUGCUAUGAAAUCGGAGUUAUACUCUUCGAUCUUGGGGAAUACCAACGUUCUCUGGAGUGGCUUCAAGUGGCCUUUGUCAUUCUUAGAGGGAAUCCUGGCCAAGAGGAAAACGAAAAUUUCUACUUAUCCGAUAUAAAGGAAUACGCGGCACUUGCAAACUUUGAACUGGGAAAUCCGAAGCGAUCUGAGAGACUUUUGAGCCAAAUUCUGGAGCUGGAAUCUUCAUCUACUUCCCAUCUAACUCGCAAGUAUAUUGAUGCUAAAAAACCGGGAAAGUCUUCGGAAGUAAAUAAUCCCACAUGGUACGCAAAUUAUACGAGACUGUGUCAGGGUAAGAAGCUACCAGAGGGGAGUAAUGGAAGGCCGUUAAGUUGUUAUUUGGAUGGAAAGAUAAACCCUUAUUUCGUAUUGGCACCGCUGCAAGUUGAGCCAGUACACGUUGAUCCGGAUAUUAAUGUUUACCACGGAAUGCUGAGCCACCAACAAAUGAAUUCCGUUUUCGAGGAGGCGGACAAGCUGGUGAUGUACCGUUCCUCCGUUGCCGGGGCUGGCGGGCAAGGAACCGUUGCCGAUCUACGGGUCAGCCAGCAAACGUGGUUGAAUUAUACUACACCGGUCAUGAAGUCGAUUAGCCGGAUUAUUCAGUUUGUUUCCGGUUUCGAUAUGGCCGCAGCGGAAUUUAUGCAAGUGGCUAAUUACGGCGUGGGCGGGCAGUACGAGCCGCAUCCGGACUAUUUCGAAUUCAAUUUGCCAACGCAGUUCCAUGGUGAUCGGAUCUCUACAAGCAUGUUUUAUCUUUCGGACGUGGAACAAGGCGGCUACACGGUAUUCACAAAGCUGAAUGUGUUCCUGCCACCAAUAAAGGGAGCCAUGGUCAUGUGGCAUAACUUGCAUCGGUCCCUGGAUGUGGAUGCUCGAACGUUGCAUGCAGGCUGUCCAGUGCUAGUGGGUUCUAAACGAAUUGGCAAUAUUUGGAUGCACUCGGGCUUCCAGGAAUUCCGUCGUCCAUGUAACAUAACUUCAGAUAGUUACAAGUCUGCAGCCUACAGAAAUUGAAACUAACUUUGAAAAGUUAAAUCAGUAAAUAUUA